AUGACGGACAAGCAGCACUGGCUACCCAUCACGCAGGAGAAUAUCCAGAAGGCCCAUUCUCUGGUGAAGCCGUACAUCUACGAAACACCCGUCCUCACCUGCAAGACCCUCAACUCCCUUGCCUCCACGCCGCAGACCCCUGAUGCCUUGAAAGGAACCCCGUUCGAGGGCCAGCAGCCGGCUCGCCCAAAGAUCAACUUCUUCUUCAAAUGCGAGAACUUCCAGCGUAUUGGCGCGUUCAAGGUGCGCGGGGCGUUUCAUUCGAUUCUGCGUGUGAUUCAGACCAAGGGAAACCAUGCGCAGGCCGUAGCUCUCGCCGCAUCGACUCUCUCUAUCCCGGCGUACAUCAUCAUGCCGUCGAUAUCUCUUCCAUCCAAGAUAGAAGCUACCAAGGGCUACGGUGGGAAGGUUAUCUUUUCUGGCUCCACAAGCGACGAGCGUGAGGCAGUCGUACGUAAGGCCCAGGAGGAGACCGGUGCCAUUUUGAUCCAUCCGUACGAUCACCCAGACACGGUACUUGGCCAGGGGACGGCCGGCCUCGAGCUAGAGGCGCAGGUUAACAAGCUCGUGUCUGAAACUCCAGGGCUGAGUGUCCGUCUAGGCAAGGAUGGAAAGGGAUGUGGCCUGGACGCGGUCAUCACGCCUCUCGGCGGAGGAGGGCUGAAUUCCGGAACGGCUUCGUUCUUUGCUGAGCCGCGGGAGAACGGUAAGAAGAUAUACGUCUUCGGUGCUGAACCAUCAUUCCAAGGUGCAGAUGAUGCUCGUCGUGGACUCAAGGCCGGUGAAAGAAUCCCAGCUGUCAAGUCACUUACCAUCGCUGAUGGGCUGAGAACCCCCAUGGGCGAGAUCGCAUUCAGCAUCCUCUCCGACUCUAGCAAGUCUCGUGGCGUGUUUAGCGUGACAGAGGAGCAGAUCAAGAGUGUCAUGAAGCUGGUUGUUGAGAGAAUGAAGAUAGUUAUCGAGCCUAGUGCGGCCGUUCCCCUGGCCGUCUGCCUCUUUGACGAAGAGUUCAGACAGAUUGUCGAACGCGAAGCUGGCGAAGACGGCUGGAACGUUGGGGUCAUCUUCUCAGGAGGAAAUACUACUAUAGAAGCCAUGUCGCAGCUGUUCGCUACAUCUAGUUCAUAG